ACCCAGUGAUGCGCGCCCUGUCCGCGCCGCGCGGGGGCUCCCCUGUUGACCGCCUCGGUAUUAAGCGCGACCCUGGGCGUGUCCCGGCAUCGCAAGGCUUCCCUUGCUCCCACCCGCGCACCAUGGACGCCUGUCGCCUCCUCCUCCUCCUCCUCCUCGGCUUCCUCGCCGCCGUCGCGCCCCUGGCCUCCGCCCAGCUCUCCCCCGAGUUCUACAAGGACUCCUGCCCGGACGCCGAGAAGAUCGUCGCCGCCGUCAUCGAGAAGAAGCUCAAGGAAGACCCCGGCACCGCCGCCGGCCUCCUCCGUCUCAUCUUCCACGACUGCUUCGCCAAUGGCUGCGACGCGUCCAUCCUGAUCGACCCUCUCUCCAACCAAAGCGCGGAGAAGGAGGCCGGGCCCAACAUCUCGGUGCGCGGCUUCGAGGUCAUCGACGAGGCCAAGAAGGAGCUGGAGGCCAAGUGCCCCAACACCGUCUCCUGCGCUGACAUCGUCGUCCUCAGCGCCCGCGACUCCAUCCACCUCGCCGGCGGCCCCGCCUACAAGGUGCAAAUGGGCCGCCGCGACUCGCUCGUCUCCAACCGCGAGGAGGCCGACAACAACCUGCCCGGCCCGGACAUCCCCGUCCCCAAGCUCGUGUCCGAGUUCCUCUCCAGGGGCUUCAGUGCCGAGGAGAUGGUGGUGCUCCUCGCCGGAGGCCACAGCAUCGGCAAGGUCAGGUGCAUCUUCAUCGAGCCCGACGCCACGCCCAUGGACUCGGGCUACCAGGCCAGCAUCAGCAAGCUCUGCGACGGGCCCAACCGGGACACGGGAUUCGUCAACAUGGACGAGCACAACCCCGACUCCAUCGACGGCACCUACUUCGCCAACGUCAUCGCCAAGAAGAUGCCGCUCACCAUCGACCGUCUCCUGGGGAUCGACGCCAAGACCACGCCCAUCAUAAAGGACAUGCUCAACAAGCCCGACGACUUCCUGCCCUCCUUCGCCAAGGCCAUGGAGAAGCUCAGCGAGCUCAAGGUCAUCACCGGCAAGGACGGGGAGAUCAGAAAGACAUGCUCCGAGUUCAACAACCCCAUGCCCGCCACCGGGGGCUCGGUCAUACGGAUCAGCUCCGCCAACCCCGAGGACCUCGAGGGGUUGUCCUCCGGAGGGAAGCAGGUGUCCGGCAUCGUCUCGCAGGGCUCCAAGGACCCCCUGCCGGAGCCCGCCAAGGUCGUCGACGGGCACCGCAAGAAGGUGGCCGGCAGGCACCACAAGCUCCGCGGAGACAGCUCCUAGAAGCCGCGCCCGUUGUUACUACCACCUACGCCCUGCCAUCCCUCUCCGCUCCGGCGCGCCGCCGUGCCUGCAACGCGCGUAGGCCAGACCACCUCCAGCGUUCUCCUUCAAAUUAUUGCUCUUCUGGUUUUUGUUCAUUCUUCUUCUCACAAUAUAUACGUACUCUUGCUCUUGUUUGUAGAAGGAACGAGCGACGUGUACCUACAUAUACACGGCUAGUUGAUUAAUAGGCUUAUUAUCAAUUGAUUCGAAGCUAAGUAAUACCGAAGGUCUCGAGUUUUUAACAGCGACCACAGCCAUUGUUUCUCUUGAUUUUGUUCUAUUCUUCUUUUGGCAGCUCAAAUUGGGUGCCCAAUAAAAUUCUGCCAGUUUUGUGCUUC